GCCACACAAAGAAGUGCCCCUCUUGCACCGGAGGAGCCGGCGGCGUGCUCUUAAACUGCUUCMUUUUUCUCUUCUUGGGGACUUUAGCGACUCUCGGAUCAGAAACAGACCUGUAAAGAUGUUUAUGUGGUGGUCCGCUGCUUUAUUUCUUGGAUGCCUUUUGUUGGGAACAGACGGGUGGCCAGCCAAGGAAGGAUACGACUUUAAGCCCUAUCAGCCUCUAGUAAGAUUACGCCACAAGCAAGAGAAGAGUCAAGAAAGUUCAAGAAAUAAAGGUUACAUGGGUCGAGAUGGCCAUGUGGGGUCAUGUGAGAACAAGUACUGCGGGCUGGGCCGGCACUGCGCGGUGAACGGGGAGACGGGCCAGGCCGAAUGCGUGUGCAUGGAGCGCUGCAAGCCCCAUUUCAAGCCCGUGUGCGGCUCCGACGGCGAGUACUACGAAAACCACUGCGAGGUGCACAGGGCUGCCUGCCUGAAAAGGCGCAAGAUCACCAUCGUGCACAAUGAAGACUGCUUCUUCAAAGGUGAUAAAUGUAAACCUACUGAAUACAAUGAAAUAAAAAAUAUGUUAUUGGAUCUACAAAACCGGAGAUAUGUUACACAGUCAAAAGAUAAAAAYGAUGAAGAGAAAAUGUCUUUACGGAAACUUCUUGUAGAUCACAUGUUUAAUUAUUUUGAUUCCGACAACAAUGGACUUGUGGAUAGUAAUGAAUUAUCUCAGGUAAUAAAACGGGCUGAGCUUGGCAAGGAUCUGUCUGACUGCUCUCUUUUCGAUUUGCUGAAAUAUGAUGAUUAUAACAGUGACAAGCGUCUAGCUCUGGAAGAAUUCUAUAGAGCUUUUCAGGUGGUUCAGCUGAGCCUGCCGGAAGAUCAAAAAAUAAGCACCACAGCAGCAACAGUAGGACAAAGUGCUGUCCUAAGUUGUGAGAUUCAAGGCACUCUGAGACCUCCCAUCAUCUGGAAGAGGAACAAUGUUGUUUUGAAUACUUUAGAUUUGGAAGAUAUCAAUGAUUUUGGAGAUGAUGGGUCCUUGUACAUUACUAAAGUUACCACAACUCAUAUGGGAAAUUACACCUGCUAUGCUGAUGGUUAUGAUAAGCUCUAUCAAACUCAUUUUCUCCAAGUGAAUGUUCCCCCAGUCAUCCGAGUCUAUCCAGAGAGCCAGGCAAGGGAGCCCGGUGUGACAGCCAGCCUGCGGUGCCAUGCUGAAGGUAUUCCCAACCCACAACUUGGUUGGCUCAAGAAUGGAAUUGAUAUUGCUCCAAAAUUAUCCAAACAGCUAACUCUUCAAGCAAAUGGCAGUGAGGUUCACAUUAGCAAUGUGCGCUAUGAAGAUACAGGAGCAUAUACUUGUAUUGCAAAGAAUGAAGCAGGAGUCGAUGAAGACAUUUCUUCUCUUUUUGUGGAAGACUCUGCUCGAAAGACCCUCGCAAACAUAUUGUGGCGAGAACAAGGUCUCGGAAUUGGGAACAUGUUUUAUGUUUUUUAUGAAGAUGGAAUCAAAGUAAUACAACCAGUGGAAUGUGAAUUUCAAAGGCAUAUUAAGCCAAGUGAAAAACUUCUCGGUUUUCAGGAUGAAGUGUGUCCCAAAGCUGAAGGAGAUGCAGUUCAGCGGUGUGUAUGGGCGACUGCUGUUAAUGUAAAAGACAAGUUCAUAUACGCAACUCAGCCCACGCUCGACAGAGUGCUCAUUGUUGAUGUACAGUCUCAGAAAGUUGUACAGGCAGUAAGAACAGAUCCUGUUCCAGUGAAACUACACUAUGAUAAAUCUCAUGAUCAAGUCUGGGUGCUGAGCUGGGGAAGCAUGGACAAGAAUUCACCAACUUUACAGGUGAUAACACAAGCCAGUGGGAGUGUUUCUCAUCACACAAUCCAUACUCAGCCUGUGGGAAAGCAGUUUGACAAAGUGGAUGACUUUUUCAUUCCUACUACCAACCUCAUCAUUACUCAUAUACGGUUUGGUUUUAUUCUUCAUAAGGAUGAACCUGUGCUCCAGAAAAUUGAUCUUGAAACUAUGUCAUACAUCAAGACUAUUAAUUUAAAGGAUUAUAAUUGCAUUCCCCAGUCACUGGCUUAUACACAUCUUGGAGGGUAUUUUUUCAUCUGCUGUAAGCCAGAUACCACUGGGGCUGUUCUACCACAGCUUAUCCUGGAUAGCGUUACCGAUUCUGUGAUCGGAUACAAUGGUGACGUGACCGGCACACCGCACAUCUCUCCCGAUGGACACUACCUUGUCAGCAUCGAUGAUGCAAAAGGUCUCAUGAGAAUCCAGUCCAUUACGAUGAGAGGAGAAAUACAGGAUGCUUUUGACAUUCACACCAAUUUGCACAUAUCUGACGUAGCUUUUCAGCCAUCAUUCACUGAAGCCCAUCAGUACAACGUUUAUUGUAGCUCCAGUGCACAGACUGAUGUUCUCUUCGUAGAGCUCUCAUCUGGCAAAGUUAAGAUGGUGAAGAGUCUCAAGGAGCCUGUCAAGGCAGACGAAUGGCCUUGGAACAGUAAGAACCGUCUCAUAGAAGACAGUGGCCUUUUUGGUCAAUAUCUCAUGACCCCUUCCAAGGAAUCUCUGUUUAUCCUGGAUGGACGGCUCAAUAAGUUAAAUUGUGAAAUCACUGAAGUUGAGAGAGGCAACACAGUUGUUUGGGUUGGGGAAGCAUAAGGAUCUAUGUUAGAUAUUUACUGAAUUGAUAGUUUUACAGUACUUUGCACUUAAAUUACACCAUCUUUACAAUUUACAGAAUUUCAUUUUAAAAUUUAGACCCUUCUAUACCUCUUCUUUGACUUAAACAUAAUUUGAAUCAACUUUAGCAUAAAAGUUCAUUAAAAAUGGUUAUUUGAUAAUGAUAUUCUUUAUUAACUGUCAUCUGAGAUUGUGUUAGUUGACUGGGAUUAUCAAAUGUUGAAAUUGAUGAUCAUUAAAUUGUACUUAUUUUAAAGAGUAGGAAAAAAAAGAAAGCAUAAAGCUUCAGGGAAUUUAUUACCCUUUGCAUUUCUGAAACAAUGGCUUAAAUAUGACUCAAAUUUUGAUUUGAUUUGCUUCAGACACAAAAAAUAAAGAGAUAUUGUACAACCUUUGACUCCUUAAACUGAAAUGUUCUUUCCAGUCCAGUCCACUGUUUAAUCUUUUUGUGCCUUGAAGCGAAAGCCUCACAAGAAAGGUAAAGCAUAGAAAUUGUAUAAUUUAUGCCCACUGGGGCUACAGGAUUGCUCAUCAUUGGAGAGAAACUUUUCUUAUCAAAUUURUAGUCUCGACUUGUUGAACAUACAAGGAGAAAAAAAAAGAAUAAUUAUAUUUGCAGCGCCGUCUUUAAAGAUCACUGCAGUUUGAGGAGUUUGGCUGUUAUGGUGUCUCUUAGUUCGGAUACAGUCAGCCACUUGUAGAAGCUUAACCUUUUUUUAGAAAAAAAAAAUGGUGUUAGCAUUUCAGCUAUCACAGGGUGCAUUUUAAUAAACUGGAAAAUGAGAGAAGUGAAGUCUAUAACUGAUGGAUAACAUUUUCACGUAUUCAUUUGUUCAUUGACCCGUAUUUGUUAUGUCAWCUGGUUAACUCAACAGAUUUUUCAUUCUAUGCAUCCAAUUGGAUUAGUGCAAAAGCAAACAAACAAAAAAUUGUAUUUUUUGUAGUUUGUCAGCUUAGUAUUCUAAUUUUAACAAUGCUUGCACAUCUAAAUGGGAAUAAUAAGAUUCUCAGAAUAACGCUAAUCGAUAGAACCAGAAAGCCAGCAGUAAAACAACUUUCCAGGCCUACAGCAAUGAUUUAAAAGUUUGGGGUUAUUUUUAUUAUGUUUUUUGUUAAAUAACACUUAUAAGCUCUUAAACUGACCUCCAUUUACUAAAGGCAAUCAGAAAGAAAUAUCUUUUUUUAAAUAAUAUUUUACUCCAGUUUAGUUUGUGUAAAAUUGCUUAGAAAUAUGGAAUUUUCUAGCAUUGUAAAUUUGUGUGUAUUUAGCAUCCUGCCCUAUGUGAUACGGUAGAUCUCUUUAGCUUGAGCAAACUUCCUGGUAGAUAGAUUUAUCUACAAUAAAAGUCUGCUUACAUUUCUAGCUGCUGAAUCUGUUUUCCUUUUCAACAGUUUUUUC